UCAUGGCGGUGGAUAUAGCAUUGGAUAUACGCGCGUUGGAGCGGCCGAAUCAGUGUAGUUUCAAAGUGGAUGUGGGAUAUUCCUCCAGUGAUGAUAAAAAAUGGUAGCUUUUUAUUUAUAUUUAUUUUUACCCCAAACGCCCCGGGUAUAAUGUCGGCUAUGCCUAGCAAGAGUUAACUCGUAAUCCCCACUCCCGCUUGCCGAGCUCAUCAUUACUACUUGAAGAAUUGACAAUCCGAGGAACGGCAUAUGGAGACCUGGAUAUACGCGGACAUAUUAUUCAGAGCGCAUAUCCCCUUGCUAAUCUGAAUGCACCCCAAAUACAGUCCAUUGUGGACUAGAACUGUCAUUCUUAAUUUUUUCGGGAUGAAAUGCACAAUAAUAAGCCGAGAUCGAGACCUCUUUCAAGUUCCCCAAAAUAGCUAUCAAGCUCGCAAGUUGGCGCAGGACAUGGGUAGCGAGGUCAUGUGGCUCAGAGAAUUUUCAAAGUAUUUUUUUUUUUCUAUUCCGCUAGUUUAACUAGCUUAACAGGCUCGCGGCAGCCUCGAAAACCAUCCAGAAUGUCCCCCAACCUUCUACACUAGUUACUGUUACUGAGAGCUACAAUGAUGAACGGAUUACUCCCCAUGUCUUUCAAAGACACUCUAUGACCAAUAAAGUCAUCCUGAUGUCAUAACUAAUGCCAGCGUGGAAUUCCGUUUCGAAGAUGGUGCAUCGAAAUGCAGGAUGCUGACUAUGAGCUCAUCUCAGCACGACGCUGUCCCAACUUCCGCGUAUUUACGCUGUAUAUAGUAGCCACAAUUGUCUCCAUAAUUGAGAAGAAUCCUUGUGGGUAAACCCAGCUCAGAACCAUGUUCUCAAGUCCCCACAGUUUUCCAAUCAUUGUUGCCACGAGCUCCGAUGGCACAAACCAGUUGACAGUCCAGUCCUCUCGUCCCAUGUAGACUUUGAUAGUCGGUGGAGAAGCAGACGGGGCAUUCGUAUGUUAUUCAUGGGGAGUAAACCAUGAGCAAGCCAACUUUCAAAAGGUCAAAAUUAGUUCGAGUUGUUCGUACCAGACCAGGCGGAAGUCUCGACGUCAGGUACAGGGGAUAGAGGUAACAAUUAUUAUAUUAUUAAUGUAUGCUGAGUCUCUGUACUCCGUACGGAGUACUAGGACGGAGAUACUUGGUCACAUCGGAUAAAGUUUGCCUGGUUCUGGUAAUAUUCUUUUAGGGUUAAAAGUUAACUUACUUGGUGACGCGCCGCAGUGGACCUCGACCCUCCCACAAUCCACUCCGUUGGCCCCGCCAUGAUCCAUGAUGAGACGAUGUCAGUUAGACUUCGGGAAGAUCCUUUCGUACCAUUACUCACCGUUGCUUUCUUCAAAAACCUCCCUCAUUCCUCCUCUUCUUCCCUCUCUUCCCCUUUUUCUAUUUUCCAUUCCUCCCAUAUUCCACUCCUCGUCAUCUCACAUCCCUAAAUCCUUAGAUAUUAAGCAGUGAACUUCCCUCUCGAACAGAAUGGCCGCCCAAAUCCCCAAGACUAUGAAGGCUCUCCAGUACUCCAAGCCAAGGGAGUUCGGAAUUGUCAAUAUUCCUGUCCCAACUCUCCGUGAGAAUGAUGUCUUGAUUAAAGUCAAGGCCUGCGGUGUCUGCGGCACAGACCUCCAUAUCCACGACGGAGAAUUCCUGGCAAAGUUCCCACUGGUCCCUGGCCAUGAAACCGUUGGUGUUGUUGCUGCUUUCGGCCCCAAGGUCAAGGGUUUUACCGUUGGUGAACGUGUCGUCGCCGACAACUCGGAGCUCUGCGGAGAGUGCUUCUACUGCCGGCGGGGAGAGGAGCUUCUCUGCGAGCACUUCGAAGCCCACGGUGUGACGAUGAACGGAGGUUUCGCUGAAUACUGUGCUUAUCCUGCCGGCCGGGUAUUUAAGAUCAAGAACCUUUCUGAUGUCGACGCCACAUUGCUUGAGCCGGCAUCAUGCGCUGCGCAUGGCCUCGAUAAGAUUGCCCCCAAGAUGGGCUCGACAGUCCUCAUGUUUGGCGCUGGUCCCACUGGUCUUGUUCUUGCGCAAAUGCUCAAACUAAACGGCGGUUGCAAAGUCGUCAUUGCUGCUCCCGAGGGCCUCAAAAUGAAUCUGGCUAAGACUCUCAACGCUGGUGACGAAUAUGUCGAGCUCUCCCGUAAAGAUCCUAGCGCGCAGUUCGCCAAAUUGAAGGCGGAUAACCCAUACGGAUUCGACAUUGUCAUCGAGGCCACUGGCAGCGUGAAGAUUCUAGAGGAUGCCAUCAACUACUGCCGCCGAGGUGGUAAGCUUGUUGUGUACGGUGUCUAUGCUAACGCCGACCGCGUUUCGUGGCCACCAUCAAAGAUCUUCGGCGACGAAAUCACCAUUCUUGGAAGCUUCAGUGAAACUUACAAGUUCCCCGCUGCCAUCGAUUACCUUGAUUCCGGCAAGGUUAGAGUUGACGGAAUUGUAAACAAGGUUUUCAAGCUCGAACAGUGGGCUGAGUGCUUGGAGGCAAUGAGGAAUAAGUCUGCCAUUAAGGCUGCUAUCACAUUCGAUUAGGAUAUAUCCCUGGCUGCGCAUUUUGUUGUUUAUUUUAUUUUAUUUUUAUUUUUAUUUUUUUUAUUUUGAAUUUGUUUUUGGUCAGUGCGGUUCAUAGGUGAAGUUCUUUGGAUAUUGAAUAUAGGUCGGGCGGGUAAAUAAUAUUUUUCAAAAGUAACAUGGACAUUAGUAGAAUGAUCGAUUUUAAAGUGAUCAUAAGUAUAUCUUCGACAAAUGGUUAUUCCUCACGCACAUUUAAUCAAUCUGGUAAUUGGGAAAGCAUUUACUGAUGUCUGCCCUCAGCCCUUUAAAUAUGCCCGCAAUUGAGGACCUUGGGCAUAAAAACUAGGGUAAUGGGGGCUACUAGGCCUGGUUCGUGUGUGGGAUGCCCAAUUACCAUCACCAUAGUUUUGUUCAUGUUCUUGUAUCACAUCCCUAGUUGGUAUGUUAGGGGUGUAUCCACACGUUGAAGAUGCUCAUCGAUGCCCCGGCAUCGACUGCCUGCGAGCAAUGAUGCCGACCCGGCCCGUAACUUAAUCAAGUUAGAAAGAGAAUGAAGAUGGAAAUUAUUAUGAGUGAAUGAAAACUAUACGCACGGCAACAUGUGAAAGGUGGAUACCGGUGAUCAUGGAUCCAUACAAUUUCCCACGUUAACUCAGACUUUUAACUUAACCAACUGCGGAAGGGAUAUGGUCUGCGACGUGCUUUUGUAAUUUUCGUUUCUUUGUCCCAAAAGCGAACCUCCUC